AUGUCUGAAUAUUAUGAAGGUGAUAAUUCAUGUGUACGUUGUCUACGUAGUUCACCGAUUGCAUCUUUAGUUGGUUUCAUUAUUGUAUUAUUGGGCGGUGGCGCUUUUGGUGGAGCUAUCAUUUUUGCGAGACGUUAUUUAAUUACACUUUUAAAUGCUCCUAAUCUAUUCCCUUACUUGGACUAUGCUAUCUAUGGUUUAGUCGGAGCAAUAGGAUUAUUUUCACUGUUAGCCUACUUACUAUGUGCUCUGUCUUCCGGUUGGAAUGCGAAACACUACUUUGAAAGUAGCCGAAAAGCAUGCUGCGGAAGAUGCUGUAAUAUGACGCUUAUCAUACUUUUAGUAACGGCUGUCAUAUUGUGGUCAGCUAUUGCAUGCCUAGUUAGUUACCCAGUCGUCAGUAUUGCACUCUUGUUAUAUCGAAAUGAAGGACCUAGUCGUUUAAGACUAGCCUCUGUCGGACAAAUGACUUCAGCUUACCAUGAUGGUCAAGUGAAUUUUCUUAGUCCAAGCAGUAGUUAUACACGUGAAAUGUUCAAUUCCAAUAGGAAAAUGGUAAAACGACGUGAUACAGAAGAAUGGUUUCCUAAUCAUCCUAGUGAUUUUGAUGCAGUUGAAAGUACUAUUGCCAUACCGGAUGAUAUUCAAGAAAACCUUCAAACAGACCCAUCUAAUUUAAGUAGAGACCUAACAGCUACGGUGACAAGUCCAAAAAUGGUCGACCAGCCACCACCGGUGAUAAGUUCAUUUGCUGAUGAUAAUUUAUCAUCAUCGUCAAUACCAUCGAAAUUGUCUUUAAAACCCUUGUCAAAAAAAAUUGUAAAACAAGUAAUGAAUGAUGCUCUUAGUAUUCCAGAAUCUAUCAAAUUGUUUCAUCAAUGUAGUCAAGAGACAUUUGAUUUAUCUUAUUACGGUCUAUACGAUGCCAAUGGUUUACCGAUACACAUUGCACGAGCUAAUUUCUCUGAAAGAACAUAUGACAUUUUAGUCUGUGUAAUUCUCGCUAUCGCUGGUAUAUUCCUAUUACUGUUCGGUUAUAUACAAAUAAUUAUUUGUACCGCUAUGAAUUAUGCUCGAAUGCAAGAGGCUAGAUAUUAUGAAACAUCUGAUGUUGGUGAAGAAGGUGUUGCAUUACAACAAUAA